AUGGUAUACGAAGCUAAACCUUUUGACCCGAUAACGGUGAAGGCUAACGAGAAGAAGCGAGUUGCAUACUUUUAUGAUGCUGAUGUGGGAAACUAUGCUUAUGGUGCAGGACAUCCUAUGAAACCACAUAGAAUAAGAAUGACACAUUCGUUGAUUAUGAAUUACGGUUUGUAUAAGAAGAUGGAAAUUUACAGGGCUAAACCUGCAACGAAACAGGAGAUGUGUCAGUUCCAUACCGAUGAAUAUAUUGAUUUCUUGUCUCGAGUCACUCCAGAUAAUUUAGAUAUGUUCCAAAAGGAGAGUGUGAAAUUCAACGUUGGAGACGAUUGUCCUGUGUUUGAUGGUUUGUACGAGUACUGUAGUAUAUCUGGAGGUGGUUCUAUGGAGGGUGCAGCCAGAUUAAACCGAGGCAAAUGUGAUGUUGCCAUUAACUAUGCUGGUGGUUUACAUCAUGCCAAAAAAUCGGAAGCUUCAGGGUUCUGUUACUUGAACGAUAUAGUGCUAGGUAUCAUCGAGUUGUUAAGGUACCAUCCUCGUGUUCUUUAUAUUGAUAUUGAUGUGCAUCACGGUGAUGGUGUAGAAGAAGCUUUUUAUACUACGGAUCGAGUUAUGACAUGUUCUUUCCAUAAAUAUGGGGAAUUCUUCCCAGGUACUGGUGAAUUGAGAGAUACUGGUGUCGGGAAAGGUAAAUACUAUGCUGUGAAUGUCCCAUUAAGGGACGGUAUUGACGAUGCCACUUACAAAUCGGUAUUUGAACCAGUCAUAGGUAAAAUUAUGGAAUGGUACCAACCUUCUGCCGUGGUACUCCAAUGCGGUGGUGACUCUUUAUCCGGCGAUCGUUUAGGUUGUUUCAACCUUUCAAUGAAGGGUCACGCAAACUGUGUCAACUACAUGAAAUCGUUCGGUGUUCCUCUCAUGAUUGUUGGUGGUGGUGGUUAUACAAUGCGAAACGUGGCUCGUACAUGGGCUUUCGAAACGGGUAUUCUGAAUAAUGUGAUUUUGGAUGAAGAACUUCCUUACAACGAUUACUACGAAUAUUAUGGCCCUGAUUACAAAUUGGAUGUCAGACCAUCUAAUAUGUAUAACGUCAAUACACCGGAGUAUUUGGAUAAAGUGCUACUUAAUAUUUUCAGCAAUCUAGAGCAUACUAAAUAUGCCCCAAGCGUUCAACUCAAUCACGUUCCUCGCGAUGCGGAGGACAAAGGUGACGCCGAAGAAGAUACUGCAGCUGCGAAGGACACUAGAGGAGGUUCUCAGUAUGCAAGAGACAUAACCAUUGAGAAUGCAACCGAAUUUUAG